UAAAAUUGUUAGGAAAAUAAAUAUUAAAAGCAAAAAUACAAAAAGUGAUUAAGGUGGAGAAUAUGAUAAAUAGUACAGACAAGACAGUUUUCUUUACCCAAAACGCUUCAAAAUGUCAAAUUCCACAAAAUCUUACAAAGACAAUGAGUCCGAUUGUGAAACCUCAACAGCCGGGCCAGACUCCAGCCGCCGCACGAGCUGGCUAAGUAGUUCUUUCACGGCCAGUCCUAGUUGUAGUAGUUCCAUAUCCCAUCUAAGUAACCAUGACCUCAACACCUACAACCAAUCAAAGCCUCACAAGGCCAACCAGGUCGCUUGGGAAGCUAUGGCUAGGCUACGCCGACGCUGCGGCGGCCGUGCGGUAGGGUUAGAACAUUUCCGGCUUUUGAAGAGGUUAGGCAGUGGCGACAUUGGAAGUGUGUACCUCUGUCAAAUACGUGGAAGCCCGGAGGUCGCGUUUUACGCAAUGAAAGUUGUGGACAAGGAGGCAGUGGCGGUGAAGAAAAAGCUUGGAAGGGCUGAGAUGGAGAAGAAGAUUUUAGGGAUGCUUGAUCAUCCUUUCUGCCCAACUUUGUACGCAGCAUUUGAGGCUUCUCAUUACUCUUUUCUCGUCAUGGAGUAUUGCCCCGGUGGUGAUCUCUACACCGCCCGCUUACGCCAGCAAUCUAAACGUUUCAGUAUUUCCUCCACUAGGUUUUACGCAGCAGAAACACUAGUUGCUUUAGAGUAUCUCCACAUGAUGGGAAUUGUGUACAGAGACCUGAAGCCGGAGAACGUAUUAAUAAGAGGCGAUGGUCAUGUGAUGCUCUCUGAUUUCGAUCUCUCUUUCAAAUGCAACGUCGUUCCACAGCUCCUCAACCACAAUGACUAUGACCAUCAAGUACAAGACGACGAUGAUGAUGACUUCAGCAUAUGCUCGACACCUUCUUGCACCACGACUCCAUUAAACCCCGUAAUCUCCUGCUUCUCUCCCGCUUCUAUCAGAAGAAGAAGAAGAAAGAAUGUCAUUACCACCACAAUACACGAGACAGCAGCGUGUACUAGCGGAUCCGUCAAAAGCAACGAUGUUUCUAGAACGUUCUCUCGACAACUUUCUUCUUGUUCUCGGGUUUCAAGUGGGUUUAGAGAUCUCUCUGGUGGAUGUCCAUCAAUUUUCGCUGAACCAAUCAACGCUCGUUCUAAGUCGUUCGUGGGAACACAUGAGUACUUGGCCCCGGAGGUUAUCUCAGGGCAAGGGCAUGGGAGUGCAGUUGAUUGGUGGACUUUCGGUGUAUUUCUGUACGAGAUGAUAUUCGGGACGACUCCGUUUAAAGGCGAUAACAACGAGAAAACGCUAGUCAACAUUCUUAAAGCACCCUUAACAUUCCCAAAGGUUAUAGUGAAUAGCCAGAAAGAGUAUGAUAAUAUGGUGAGUGCUCAAGAUCUUAUCACCAAAUUACUGGUGAAGAACCCUAAGAAGAGGUUAGGAAGUCUCAAAGGCUCCAUUGAGAUCAAAAGACAUGAGUUCUUCGAAGGUGUUAGUUGGGCACUAAUCAGGUCAAUAAAGCCACCUUGGAUUCCUAAAGAAGAGACUAAUCACAAGAUUAAGAGUGAUAAUCGUAGCGUUAAUUAUUUUAUGCCGCCGAGGUUUAUGAUGACUAGGAAGGAAAGGGAUGAGCCUUACCAUGUGUCGUCUAAUCAUUUUGAUUAUUUCUAACCUUAGGAUAUAAACUUUUAAAAACUGAUAUGGUAUUAUAGAGCACUCCUAGCUGUUGAAUUACAUGCGACUAUCAUGGGAUUAAAAGUGUAAAUAUCAUUAGGUGAAAGACAUGUUAUUUCUACUUUGUACUAUAUAUCAUGUGACUAUAUAUUGCCUUUUUGAAA